UACAUUUACGCAAGCACAACUUUUUGGGGUAUUUGGUCUUCUGUAUUCCUGCCUCUGUAUUUGCUGAUUUUACCCUUAACCUGAUCGAAUAAAACACGAAGCAUCUUUUUAAAGAGAGAGUAAAGCAGUUAAAAUUAGCCUCCACCAGCUACAACAGAAAAUGCUUCAUUCAUUUGUUAAUACUUGGUGAUAAUCACUACCGACCUGCUUUUGGAUUUUAUUGGCAAUAAAAAUAAUGGAGUCAUUUUCUGUAAGCCUACUCAAAUGGAUCAGUUUGUUUAUUUAAAAAAAAUAAUAAUAACUAAACUAAAUAAAAGCAGCCACCUAAAAAUAAAACUCGACCUAUGAACGUUGUGUGCCUUGUAAUAUUCGGCGUCACAUGCCUGAUAACAGCGACAUGACCCUGUUACAGAUAAGACUUUACAGCCGAGCUGCAGGAGGAAGUGCCUCACAAACUGUCCACGACGCAGCAGGACACUUUGUGCGCAGUUUUGUCCCCCCACUCUGCUUUCAGGAAAACUUCUGGCUGUCACAGUGCGCAGCUUCCCGUCAGGUGUUUCCCACUGCGCUCCAGUCUCCCCUUCCGUCUCACAGGCGGAUAUUUGAGCGUUUUUUGCGCCACCUUGUGAGCGAACCUCUCCAUCGGCUACAACAUCACAAGAUGGUGUCACUGAGUGUCACUCUUCGACACCACACAGACGAGGUCAGCUGCUGCGCCUUCUCUCCAUCUCUGUUGGCCACCUCCUCCGGUGAUAAAACCAUCCGAGUGUACAGUGCGGCUGACUUCUCGGAGCUUCCCUUCUCUCCUCUGUCCGGCCACGGCUACGGGGUUCACUGCUGCUGCUUCAGCUCUUGUGGCAGCUUCCUGAUCAGCUGCUCCACGGACGGAUGCGUCAUCGCCUGGAGCGCGGACUCAGGCCAGGUGGCCGCGGUGCUGCAGCACCCGGACCGCAGUCCGCUCCGAGCGUGCGCGCUGUCCCCAGGCUCCUCCCUCCUGCUGGCUGGAGCCUGUGAUGGCACCGUGGCGCUCUGGGACUUCCCGUCCAAGACAUUACGCAGGUGCAGCUCCGUGAGCGAGGCCAGUGUCGUGGCCUGCUGCUUCUCCCCCUGCGGCCAGAUGUUUGCGACCGGCUGCACCGGCGGCGACCUCAAACUCUGGGAUUCGGACGUCAGGCUGCUGCAUGCUGAGAAGGACGCCCACGACCUGGGAGUGACCUGCUGCAGCUUUGCUCCCCAGUUUAAAGUUGAUGACUGCUGUGCGGAGUUUCGACUGGCCUCCUGUGGCCAGGACAGUCAGCUGAAGAUAUGGAUUGUUUCCCAGAGUGAAGGAGCAGUCUUUGUCGUGAAGCUGCUUCACGCCCUCACCAGCCAGUCGGCUCCAGUUCUGUCCUGCGCCUUCUCCUCAGACGGAGAGCUGAUCGUCUCGGGCUCAGUGGACAAAAGUGUUGCGAUAUAUGAUGCGAACCUGGGAACCCUGUUUGACACUCUGAAGCAGCACGACAGGUACGUGACUGCCGUUGCUGUGUCUCCCACCAUGCCGUGGAUUGCAACCGGCUCCAUGGACAGAACGGUGAACGUGUGGCGAAUGGGAGAUGGAGUCGGCGCAACUGCAGCUGAAUCAAGUCAGACAGUGUGCCAAGGAAGGAAGUUGCCGGGUCACUCCAGGCUGCUGGUUGCUGAUUGGUCAGAGGAGGAUGUGCAGGCUUGGCUGUGCGAUGAAGGGUUGCAGGAGCUCGUCAGCGUCUUUAAAACCAACAACAUUGACGGAGCAGAGCUCAGCCGGAUCAGCAAAGACACGGCGGCAGAGCUGGGAAUUGAGUCUGUGGGCCUUCGCGGUCGUCUCAUGAGGAAAAUCGAGGCCCUGAAGGCGGAACAGAGCGGUUCAGAGGCCCCAGAUGAGUUUCUGUGUCCAAUCACCAGAGAGCUGAUGAAGGAUCCAGUCAUUGCUGCAGAUGGCUAUUCCUAUGAGCGAGACUCCAUCGAGAGCUGGAUCAGGGGCAAGAACAAAACCAGUCCCAUGACGAACCUGCCCCUGCAGACCACCCUCCUCACCCCCAACAGGUCUCUGAAGAUGGCAAUAGCGCGAUGGAAGUCGAGCCAGUAGAUGGCGGCUCAUUUUAGCUUGUUCAUCAACAGGUACUUCACCGUUAAACAGGAUCCGCUCUUCACUGACAGAAGGAAUUAUUUGAUAGUUAGAGUUUUGUUCAAUCAAAUUUGACAAAAUAAUCAGAUGUUGAGGUCUCGGAUAAAUCAACAGCUAAUUGCCCAGAAAAUGUUCCUGACUGCGUACUCUGUGUCACGUUAGCUUUCUUUCACUGUUGGGUUAAAUUGGGUCAGUGUGGAGGGAAAUAACACAAAAGUAAGAAGUUCAAUCUGUGAUCAGUAAAACGUCACAGCCUUGCUCUCAUACAGCUUUUACACUGAUUUCAAGGCUUUUACCGCUAAUAUAAAAGCAUAAACGUGGCCUGACUGUUUUCACACGUCAUGGCAAGAAACUCGUGUGUGUUAAUGAUUUCUGCUGCUGUUGUUAACGUCACGUUUUUCCUGCUGUGAAAUCAGUCCAUGCCCACUCGUUCAGCACACUGUACUUAACGCACUUCAUCGACCCGUUGCACUCGCUUCCUUUGGUGUCUCUGCAGUGACCAAACAUCCGAACGAUGUUGUUUACACUCCUGGUAAAGUUCAGAGCAAACUACUAAAUGUUCGCUUAACUCCAGCAGUCUUUUGUUUUACAAUGAAAUCAGACCUUUUUUUUGGUUUUUUUGCCUCAGUGGGUUUUUAUUUCUCUGUCCCAUGGUGGCUAUGGCAGUAAUGUACUAUUACAGUAUGUGAUCACAGCUAAUAAAGCUCACAAUACUGAAAACAUGGCAACAAUUGCAUUUAACGUACAUAUUAAAAUAGAGCUGAUGGCACUGUGCCCCAAAACAUUUCUGCUUUUAUAGCUUUUUUAUUUUUUUUUUAUUUUUUUUACUCUGUAAUAUAAAUUGCAAUUGUAGCAUGCACUUAAACUCAACAUUAUUGAGAAUCAUAAAAUGUCUUAGUAGCUGUGCAAAAAUAACUAUAUAAAAUAUAUUGCUCUUAC